AUGAAGCCAGUGAAAAAAAAGAAAACCGAAGAACCUGAAUUGGAGCCCCUGUGCUGCUGCGAAUACAUAGAUAGAAAUGGGGAAAAGAACCACGUGGCUGCUUGUUUGUGUGAUUGUCAAGAUAUCGAUGAAGGGUGUGAUAGAUGGCUUACGUGUAAAUCAGUGCAGCCAGAGACUUGUGAAAGAAUCAUGGAUACAAUUUCUGAUCGCCUCCGAAUUCCAUGGCUUAGGGGAGCCAAAAAAAUUAACAUUAGCAUCAUUCCUCCACUUGUCCUUCUGCCUGUCUUCCUUCACGUGGCUUCCUGGCAUUUCCUCCUGGGGGUGGUGGUUUUGACCUCCCUUCCUGUGCUGGCACUGUGGUACUACUACCUCACUCACAGAAGGAAAGAACAGACUCUGUUUUUCCUGAGCCUUGGACUGUUCUCAUUGGGCUACAUGUACUAUGUGUUCCUGCGGGAAGUGGUUCCCAGAGGGCAUGUGGGGCCCACUCGGCUGGCUGUUCUUACCUGCGGGUUGUUUCUGAUACUCUUAGCCUUGUAUAGAGCCAAGAAGAAUCCAGGCUACCUCAGCAAUCCAGCAAGCAAUGACAAAUCCCUAAGCAGCAGCCAAAACGAAUGUCUGAGCAAAAAAGGGCAGGAGAAGACCAAAGGGUUUCCUGGAGCCGACACGUCGGGGAGUCUCAACAACCGCACGCUGAAGGAUGAUCUUAAGGGCUCCUUCAGGAUGUUGGCCAGCAGCCCCACCAAGGUGAAGGAGGACUGGUGUGCCAAAUGCCAGCUGGUGCGACCAGCCCGGGCCUGGCAUUGCCGUAUUUGUGGCAUCUGUGUAAGGAGAAUGGAUCAUCAUUGUGUCUGGAUAAACAGCUGUGUUGGAGAAUCAAAUCAUCAAGCAUUUAUACUUGCUCUUUUGAUCUUCUUGCUCACUUCGGUGUACGGGAUAAUGCUGACCUUGGACACCAUUUGUAGAGAUAGAAGUGUCUUCACUGCCCUUUUCUAUUGUCCUGGAGUUUAUGCAAAUUACAGCUCGGCUCUGUCCUUCACCUGUGUGUGGUACUCUGUGAUCAUCACAGCGGGUAUGGCCUACAUCUUCCUGAUCCAGCUGAUAAAUAUCAGCUACAAUGUGACUGAGCGGGAAGUCCAGCAGGCCCUUCGACAGAAGACCGGGCGCCGGCUCCUCUGUGGGCUCAUCGUGGACACAGGCCAGUACAAUAGGGGCUUCCUGCGGAACUGGCAACAGUUCUCCACCCUGGGCACGCGUGCAUUCCACCACCCUGCCGAGGACAUCGUCUGA